GCCGGGAGCGGGGAGCGGUGGCGUGGAGCGGUGGUCCUCGCGCACGCAGCCGGGGACCCGGAGCGGUGGGGGUGUGAGGCAGAGCGAGCCCAGCGCUGCGGGGACCCGGGCCGAACGGAGCGGCGGGAGCAGGAUGGCAGAGGCCGUCGGAGCCGUGGCUCUGACGGUAGUCCCGGCCCGCCGGCGCUGGCUGUGGUCGGUGCUGGCCGCGAUGCUCGGGCUGUUGACAGCUAGAAUAUCAGCCCUGGAGGUACAUACUCCCAAAGAAAUCUUUGUGGUGAACGGGACACAGGGGAAGCUGACGUGCACAUUCGAUUCUCCUAACACAACGGGAUGGUUGACCACGGUCUCCUGGAGCUUCCAGCCGGACGGCACUGACAGUGCAGUGUCGUUUUUCCACUACUCACAAGGACAAGUGUACAUCGGGGACUAUCCACCGUUUAAAGACCGAGUCACCUGGGCUGGGGACCUUGACAAGAAAGACGCGUCAAUCAAUAUAGAGAAUAUUCAGUCUGUUCACAACGGCACCUAUAUCUGUGAUGUCAAAAACCCUCCUGAUAUCGUCGUCCGGCCUGGGCAGAUUAGGCUCCACGUGGUGGAAAUAGACAAUUUGUUGGUGUUCCUGGUUUGGGUGGUGGUGGGCACAGUUACUGCCGUGGUCCUUGGCCUCACUCUGCUCAUCAGCCUGGUUCUGGUUGUCCUCUACAGAAGAAAGCACUCGAAACGGGAUUACACUGGCUGCAGUACAUCAGAGCGUUUGUCGCCAGUUAAGCAGGCUCCACGGAAGUACCCCUCCGACACAGAGGGUCUAGUAAAGAGUCCGCCUUCCGCCGGAUCUCACCAGGGCCCAGUCAUAUACGCACAGUUAGACCACUCUGGCGGACAUCACAGUGGCAAGAUUAAUAAAUCAGAGUCUGUGGUGUAUGCGGAUAUCCGGAAAGACUAAGAGAAGACCCCAAACAUACCUUAAUCAAGAAACAAAUCCAAAGUGGACUCUUGUGCAGAUAAUGCCCCAAACCACGUGUGGCCUUGAGGACUCAAGCAAGGACAAGCACAUGUAUACUCAGAGAGAGAAGAAGAAGUGUAUAAAGGAUGUGUAUAUUCUAUUUAAUCUUCCCGAUGUGAGAGGCCAGUGUUGCAUGGUGAAGAAACGGUAUGAGUCUACGUAAUGUAAAUUGUCUUGCUCUUUCUGUAUAUUCUUUCAGAGUCAUUUCUAAUUGGAAAGUAUGAGAAACAUCUCUGUCAUCGAGUGAUAUGGUUUGCCUUAUUGGAGACUUCACAGAACUGUUAGUAUUUCCAGCAGACGUGGCCUUUUCACCCAAGGGCUCAACCUGUCGUAUUAGCAUUUCUUGUAGUUAGAGAAUGAGAUGUUCAGUGGAUGUGAGUCUCUCACGGUAUCAGAACCAUUUGUUCCUGCUAGCUGACACACACCAUCCAUUAGCCAUGCCACCUGAGAAGUUUGUGUUGAUGCUUUUCUAAAAUAUGAGGGAAUUUGCAGUGUGAGAUAGUCCUCACCAUCCUUCAGUGGAUGCUAAGGUCUCUCUAAGCUUUUGUCACUGGGUGGACAGCACAGCUGACUGAGGGUAUUUGUGGUUGAAAGGGUACAGAUUGCAGAGCCCAAGCAUGACGUUAACAUGGGAAAAAACUUCAG